AUGUUUUUAAGGAAAGACAUGAAUAAGAUCAUUUGUUUGGACUUGUGGCAAAAACGACAUGUAGCUUAUUCUCUUGAGGUUACUUACUAUGUGAACCAAGAUGCACAUUUUUAUUCUGGUUCAUUGGCCAUACGUGAUUUUAGUUCGAAGAUCAUGGCUGAGUUGGUUGGAGGAGCACUGCUCUCUGCUUUCCUUGAUCCGUUGGUCGAAAAGUUAGCUAAGGAGGUGAAGGACUUCUUCAAAGGAAAAGAUGUCAUUCUGAAGCUAGUGAAGGACUUGAAAACUUUGCUGUCCAUGGCUGAUCUUCUGCUCAUUGAUGCUGAGGAGAAGCUGAUCAAAGACCACAAGGUGAGGAACUGGCUUGAUGAUCUCAAGGACGCCAUCUAUCAUGCAGACGACUUGGUUCACAUGAUCAACACUGAAGCAUUGAGAAACGAAUUGGAAGGUGAAUCUCAAACUGGCUGCACUUGUAGUAAUAAGGUACUCAUGAAACUUAUCCCAACUCCUUUUACUGCUUUUGAUAAGGCAAUGAAAUCUGAGAUACAACAGACACUUGGGAAAGUGAAACUUCUUUUAGAGAAUAAAGAUCUUGGCUUGGAACGUUUGAAAAAGCAGAAGUUUCCAGAGAGGGUAUGUGCUCCUUCGUUAGAAGAAUCUGAUAUUUAUGGAAGGAGUGAUGAGAAAGAAGAGAUUGUUAAGUUGCUCCUAUCGAACGACAUGGCCGGUGGUGACAAAUUAUCUGUGAUUCCCAUAGUAGGGAUGGGAGGUAUUGGAAAGACUACUCUUGCUCAACUUGUGUACAAGGAUGAGAGAGUCAACAACAUGUUUGAUACCAAAGUAUGGAUUACAGUGGGAGAUGACAAAGUUGAUUGCUUGAAAGUGAUGAAACUAAUUGCAGAGAAGGUCACUUGUGAGAAAUGUGAAAUUGAGGAAGUGUAUGACCUUCAAGAAGAAGUAAAGAAGGCUCUGAGUGUAAAGAGGUUUUUCUUUGUUGUCGAUGAUGUUUGGGAUGAGGAUCCUACCAAGUGGGAUGUCUUAGAAAAUUGUUUCAAAUCAGGAUUGGAUGGAAGCAAGAUUAUUGUCACAACACGUAGUACAACGGUUGCAUCAAUUAUGAAAACGUGGUCAACUUAUCAACUAAAAGGAAUAAAUGAGGUUGAUGGUUGGUUGUUAUUUGCUAAACAUGCUUCGAUUAAUGCAAACUCGAAUGAGUACUCAGAUCUCGAAGAAACCGGAAAAAGAAUUGUGGACAAGUGUAAGGGUCUUCCUUUAGCAAUAAAGUCGCUUGGUGACCUCUUACGAGGGAAGCAAAACAAGGAGGAAUGGGACAACAUUCUUAUAAAUGAUAUAUGGGAGUUGUACGAAAAUAACCAAGUUAGUGUUCUUCCGGCGUUGUGGUUGAGUUACUUUUACCUACCUUCAGAACUAAAGCAAUGUUUUGCUUACUGCUCUCUAUUUCCGAAAGAUCACCAUUUUGUCAAACGAGAGAUGGUCUUGUUAUGGAUGGCCGAAUGUCUUUUACAUUCUACUAAAAAUAAAAAGAGAGUUGAAGACAUUGGAGAUGAGUAUUUUCAAGAUCUAAUUUCAAAGUCAUUUUUCCAACCAUCAGGCGAGGAAGAAGAUGACGAGCCGACUUAUAUCAUGCACAAUCUUAUACAUGAUUUAGCAAUGUUUAUCUGUGGCGAGUUUUGUUUGACGAUGAAUGUAAGUAAGUGUUCUGACAAAGUUCGCCACAUGUCGAACAUGCAAGAUUGGGAAGUAGUUUAUGACUUUACACAAUUCGAAAACUCAUCUAAAGCAAAGUACUUGCGUACCUUAAUAUUGUCGCCUCAAAAAUCAGUAUUUGAUCGUGCAUGGUUGCCUAAGUUAGAGCAAGCACACAAAUCAUUCCCACGCUUAAGAGUAUUAUCCAUAAAAAAUGAUUUGAUCACCAAGUUUCCUGACUCAAUUGGCAAUUUGAAGUACUUAAGAUAUUUGAAGUUGGAUUGUUCUGAUCUAGAAGAGAUACCUGGUACAAUUUGUAAUUUGUACAAUUUGGAGAUACUAUUAUUCGACAGAUGUAAUUUUGUUACUCGACUAGCAACUAGCGUUGGAAACUUAAUCAACUUGCGACAUCUUCGUGUUCCGGACUCAUUCAACGAGAUGCCACUACAAUUUGACAAGUUAAAAAAUCUUCAAACACUUAAUAGAUUUAUCAUGGGAAAGAAUAAAGGUUCUAGCAUUAAGUUGUUGAAAGAUUUACAAGAUCUACAUGGGAGCCUAUUCAUUUCGGGACUAGAAAAUGUUACUAGCGUUGAAGAAGCUUCGGAGGUACUAAAGAAUAAGAAGUCUCUUAGUGAGCUAUAUUUGGAAUGGGAUUAUGAUGAUGGCCAUGAACCUGGUGACUUGGAUAAAGAAAGAGAGAUACUGAGUGCCCUUGAACCUUCUCCAAACCUUAAGGAACUCACUAUUGAUGGCUACAAAGGCAUCUAUUUCCCAAGUUGGAUUCGAGAUCAUCACUUGUCUUUGGUGAGGGUGACACUGAAAGAUUGUCCUAAUUGUAGCUUCUUGCCGUUGUUGGGACAACUGCCUUCUCUCAAAGACAUUGACAUUGAUGGUUUGGAAGGUGUAGUGAGAAUAGGUUCAGAGUUUUAUUAUUCUGCUGCAGUACAAGCAAAGCCAUUCUUUAGAUCUUUGGAGAGCUUGAAGCUUGAUCGUAUGAAACAGCUACAAGAAUGGUCGUUGAUCGAAGGUGGAGUCUUUCCUCGUCUUAGGAAUCUUUGUUUGGACUUUUGUCGAAAACUCAAAGUGUCAUUGUUACCAGACUAUUUUCCUUCAUUGAGAAUGCUUCGGAUAAAAUAUUGUGAGCAAGUGAUGCCUUUACUCCCAAGAGCUCAGUACACGCACCCCCUAUUUCCAUGUCUUGAGAUUUUGACUAUAGAUGGAUGUGAUGGGGUGGAAGUACUUCUAGAAGGGGGACUGCCUUUGAGUUUGAAGAACAUUAGAAUUAUAAGAUGUAAAGACCUGAAAAGCUUAGACGAGCAGGAGACAUUUCAGCGCCUCACUUCCCUUGAGAAGUUGCAUAUUGAAGACUGCAGAAACCUCAUACACUUGCCUAGAGAACUACCCACUUCUCUUUCUGAUCUAAGCAUCAUCUCUUGUGAAUUGCUAACACCACGACUCCAGAGGGACACAGGGGAGGACUGGUCGAUUAUUGCUCACAUUCCCAAUGUAACUAUCGAUCGCAAGAAAGUCUGACUCCUUGUAAUUUUCCACAACAAUGACUGAUAAAACUGAUCGUUCCAUACAUUGAAGAAAAUACUUAAUGUUCCAAGGUCAUGCUCAAAAAUCCUGCCUUUGAAGAAAUUAGUUUUCAUGUCUUCCAUUACUACAAUUAUUUGCACUGGAGAACCAGUGACACCAGAUGUGCUAGUUGAGGAGACAUGAGAGCUUCAUAUCCUGUUUUCUGUGAGAAAUCAAAGAUGCGAGAUGGCAAACCACUUGUAUAUCUUAACUGAAAAAGCAAAAUGUUUGAGAAUUUGCUUCAAUUCUUCAAAACUGAGCCUAAGUUUGGCCAUCUGUUAAAGGUGGAUUUAGAUCCUUGUCUCUAUGAUGCAUUUGAAGUUCAUGAAGCUAAUGGAAGAGACUGUGAUACUAGUCAGACAUGUCGUUGGCGGUGCUGAAAGAAGUUGUGAUCAUCAAGAUAGUCCUUAACUAAGGGUUAACUAGCUUGGAAAAGCUCCUGGGAUGAGUGGGCGAAACAGGAAAGAAAAUGUUCAUAGCAUGAGCUUCUCUUCUGUUCUGUUCUGUUAUACUCUUUGUUCUGAAGGCUCCAACCAUAAAUUGUUAUAACGUGGAAAGUGGUCUAGAAGCAGAAUGAAGUGUAUGGUAAGAAGCAUAAGGUCCCAUUAUUAGUUUUGAACUCAUAUUCCACAUUCUAACAUGGCUGAUGACACACAACUUGCCCUUACCUACACCAUAUAGCACCCGUUAGCCAAGGCUUAGCAAGAAAACUUAAACAAGAAGAUACAUAUUCAGAUAAUCGACAUAUCAACUAGUGGUAUGUGUACCUUUCUUGAUGGAAAUCUGACUAAUCAGUGUUCAAGAAGGCAAGAAGAAGUUGUUCGAUCGAAUGCAUGGAUGGGAAAUCGAGCACUUGCCUCAACUGUUUCUGAAUUAGUACUUUUACACAUUCCUUGUCGGCAGAGAUUAGAAUGCAAAACAACUCUUUGGUGUGAUAAUCAAGAAGGUCCAAAUCCUGCAGCAGACAUAUGCACUAAAGCUCUUUCAUUUGCAAGGAUUCAGUUUCUUUGUCACAAGCUUUCAUUUACAACUUGUGGGGUGUGGAAGUCAGUUACCAAAUAAACAUUUGUAACCAUUUAUGUUAGUUGACUCAGUCUUGUUAAGUUGUGUAUAAAAGGGUGUCACCUCUCUUAGUUUACUUACUGGUGAUUAUUGUAAUCAAGGGCAAGAAAAGCUCCAAGAAAACUUUGAGUGUGGUGUGUGAAUACUUGGGUGAUUAGAAGUGAAGUUUGAACUUACACAGGGAAGUGAGAACUUUGUAGAAGAGGCUGACAUGACACCAUUGUUUUGUACUAUCAUUUUCAGAUUAGUGCAGUGAAGUUAUUAUCUUUCUGUUA